CUGUAUCGCCGAGUUCAGUCUGCAAAUAUCGUUCGAACGGCGUGGGCAAGGCAGCCGGGAUUCUAUAGUAUUACCUCCAGCAGUGUGGUGCCAGAGUGAAAAGUGCAAAAUGGCCUUCCGUGUGAUGUCGACCAACAGCCUGAAGCAGGCCACCCUUCUCGGGGAGCUGCUGGCCCGUUCCUUCUCGACCGGUCCCAAGAACAUCGGUUUUAUUGGGCUUGGUAACAUGGGCGGACCAAUGGCCAGCAAUUUGAUUUCCAAGGGCCACAAGCUGCACGUGUUUGACAUCUCGGCCGACGCCAAGGACGCGCUGAAGGCCAAGGGAGCGACCACCUACGACAACGUGUCCGAGCUGUCCAAGGCGUCGGACUUCGUCGUGACCAUGCUGCCCAACAACGACAUCGUGGCCAACACGUACGAUUCGAUCCUGGCGGGUGGCAUCAACACCAGCACCUUCUUCAUCGACUCGAGCACGAUCGACCCGAACGUGGCCAAGGCCGUCCAGCAGAAGGUGAAGGCCGCGGGGGCGACCUUUGUCGAUGCGCCCGUUUCCGGUGGAGUUCCCGGAGCUAAGAACGCCACGCUGACGUUCAUGGUCGGUGGAACCGCUGACGAGUACGAAACGGUGAAGGGAAUUUUGGAGGGCAUGGGCAAGAAGAUCACCCACUGCGGAGGAUACGGAAUGGGACAGGCCGCCAAGGUGUGCAACAACAUGAUGCUGGGCAUUUCGAUGUGCGGACUGGCCGAAUGCAUGAACCUGGCCAUCCGUCUGGGACUGGACCCGAAGGUGUUUGCCGACAUCAUCAACGCCUCGACCGGACGCAGCUGGGCCUCGGAGAUCAACAACCCCGUGCCCGGAGUCAUCCCGACUGCCCCGGCUGCCAACUCGUACGCUGGCGGUUUCGCCACCGGACUCAUCACCAAGGAUUUGGGCAUUGCGUCCGCCGUUGCGACCACAACCAACACGCCCAUCCCGCUGGGAGCGCUCACCCACCAGAUCUACCGGACGCUGAUGGCCAAGGGGCUGGCCAACAAAGACUUCUCCGUCGUGUACGAUUUUAUCAAGAACGAUAAGGCCUAAGACGGUGCCAGGGAAUGUUUCUUUCGCAAAUGAAUAACGUUAUGUCUUCCAGAGAUUGCAUUUAAACUUUGAACAACUCGUUCCGAGGCGAUUCUCCGCGUGGGGAAUCCGGAAACGAGCCGCAGGGAUUGAUUUUUAUUCUAGAGUAAAUAGAGAUGAUGAUAAUAAAGUGACUCGAACUUUAA